AGCAUCCGGCUAAUUCUUUUCUUCUUGAAAUAUUUGGCGGUUUGAAGAAGACAUUCUUCGAAGUUGGCAUGCGUAAUGUCGAGUAACUACAUAUGUAUGGUGUACAUGCUUUAUUUUUUACGGCAAUUGUAUUUGUAUCAUUUGUUGGAAUUCGACGACGGUAACGUUAGUUACUAUCGCUAGCUAUGUUCGCUUUCUGCCCAACUAACUAGACAAUUUAGUUAGCUACCGUUAAUUUAGUUGCAUCGUAUGUUUCAGUCUUCUGCUAGCUAGCAGUUGGAUCACUUUUAGAUCUCAAAACUGUCAGCUUGCUGGAAGAAUGUCGACUCUUCAGAGAACGAACGGUAAAUAUCUAUGGUGGUCUCUUGUGGGUCUUGGAUUUCAACCCGAAGUCGCAGCAUCAUCAGGAGCCAGCAAAGCCAAUGUUAAACACAUCAUUCUUGGACCCAAUAUGUUUGACAAACCAAACAAGGACGCAUUCUACAUAGUUACCCAUUUCCUGUUAGAAAAACUCAACCCCGCACGCUUCCACGAUGCAUACAGGCAUUGCUGGCCAGUGUUGGACCACAAAGCAGAUGCCGAAUUCCGUAAGGUGACCUGUGCUUGGCUGCGAGAUCUAAUGGAUGAGCAGGGGAGCACAGUUCCCAAAGUGGUGGCGUCACUAUUCCUCUCGCCUGGUGGACCCAAGUUCGUCAACCUUAUGCUCCAUCUAGCCAAUCAUGUCAUGUUGCAUGAUAUGAAGACAUUUUCAACAGAUGGCACGUGGGUCCCAGAGGCAGCGGCAGCCCCUGCCUCUUCUGUGGAAAUGGCGCUGAAGCGGUUUCAGCUGGUCAAGACCAGAUUCCUGAGAGGAGCUGUGGAACAGGACCUGAUGCUGCAGGAGUACCAGAGACAGGCCCAGUCUCGAGUGAAGUCUUUGAGAGAUUGGAGGGCUGAAGACGCAAAGUAUGAUGAUUUGCAUAAGCGUCACAAGAAAGUUGAACAGGAGGCAACCCCUCAAGCUGACAAGAUUCAGAAGGUGCGCUCCUUGUGGUCGUCCAUGGACGGAGUGCUGUCCACCCUGGAGGAGGAGCGGCGGGUGGUGGAAAGUGUCAUCAGGGGAGAUGUGGACCAGUACACCCUGGACGGGACGGACCUUGCCCUCAAAAUCCCCCGGGUUCUGCUAGAGCGGAUAGAGCAGUUAUCCCACCUGUCGAGUGUGGGCAGUGUUUACGAGGCAGGACAGCUGAACAUCCUCCGUAUGCUGGAGCUGCUCCACCAGGCUCUGGUCCUCCUAGGGGCGGAAAGGACCCGGGUGGCAGGACACACCCCCAUUGCCCAGCUCCACCCCUUGCACCUGCAGGAGAGGAACCUACAGAUGGCCCGCGCCAUGGAGGAUCUCCGAGUCAUGAGGAAGAGGAUUUCAAAGGAAGAAAUUCCCGAGGUGAAGAGCCUCAUCAGAAAGUUGGAGGCGGAGUGGGACCGGAAGUGGGCGGACUGUUUGAAACGCACGCCACUGACCUCGUUCCUCAAUGAGGAUCCUGCCCUGGAAUUUCUGUUCCCCAUGGCUCCUCUGUCCUUUGAGCCUGCCACCGAUGCCAGCUUCAAAUCCAGCAUCUUCUCUCAGUAUCCGGCCAAUCUACCCGAAUUUCCUGAGGAGAAGCCUGUGGCGACUGACUCUGUUCCAAUGGAGACCGUUACCACAAUGGAUUAUACCCUCAAAAGCCUCUACCCUCCAGCUGUUGAGAUGAUUGCAUCUCUUCCUAGUGUGGACAUUUUCCCACUGACUCCCCUCCCUGCACUUUGUGAAUCUCCUCUGGCUGUCCCUGCCAAAGCUCCCUCACCAAGCCACCUGCCGGCCAGUGUAAGGAAGACUCCUUGUGUGUCUGCAGUGAAGAAAAAGGCUCAGAUCCUUGACUCUGAGUUGGACAACUUAGCAAAUCAGUUUGCGGAGGCUGUGACCCCCAGCCCUGGCAACAUAAGUUUACGAGGACUUGAGCUGGGAGACAUACUCGGUACUCUUGGCGAAGACCCUUUCUCCACCAGGAAGCAGAUUCCACGCACCCCAGAGAGUUUGAUUUCGGAUGUGAAGAGUUCCUGGCGAAGGGCGGUGGAGGAAGAGGAGGCUCAGAAGGCCUGCCUGUCUGCUACAUUUGACUGCGACAACAUCCGUGGGUGCCUCAUGCCCCUCAGCGAGGUACAUGAGGCCUCCCUUGGCCACGACUUUUCCUCCCUGAACACAAGCCUGGAUCCCACCAGGUUCAGCAUCAACCAAGAGGUGUUCCCAGAGCAGUACAGUAUAGAUCAGGAGACACUUCCCGAGCUGCCGGGCAACGACAGCAGCCUCCUGACCUCCAUUAACUCCAGGGACAUAUCCAACACCGAGGAGGAAGAGCUGCUCCUCCCCCACAUCCCCUAUCUCCCCACAGAGACUGAGCCAGCCCUGCUGGAUGCACGCAGGCGUUUGGAGAAGAUCCAGAAGGCUUUUGGAGAGGCCUCCUUCAUGGACCACCGCCAGGGGGCGCCAGAUGACAAGAGGAGCCUGGACGCCAGAGACUGGCUGAUGGCAGCAACACUGGAGACCUCAGCCACAGUGGAAGUGACGGACAAGGUCUUUUCCCUGGAUCUGGACACUCUAGAGAGCCCCUCACCGCCAAGAACAGGGCAGUAUAACCUCCCGCAACUGUUCACAUUCUCCCCCAUAGAUGACCUGUAGUGUCUACAUUAUAUAUUUUCUGAGCAGUCUUCUAGUUUCUUACUUUUUCACAAUUAAGGCUAACUAAUUUCAAUGCACAUGCAAUUAAAAUAUUUGUACAUAUGUGUGCCAAUCUAACAUGGUCUGAAACUAACAUAGAAACAAGUUUUAAAUAUUUUUUUAUGUCUGAGAUGACAUAUGAUGGGUGAGAAUAAACAAACAUGAAUUGUAUAUUGUUGAAUGAAUUAAAUUGUUACCAAUGUCAA